AUGGCAACUGUCCAAAAUGGAUAUACCAACGGCUCGCUCACAGAGCAAGGCAUCCUAACACACUACCGUUUCUCCGAUAUCCCCUCUGCCAUCGACAUCCCCGCCUCCACAUUCGAUAGUGAGGUCGAAAUCAGUCUCGAAGAGCUUCCUGACGAUCCCACCGAGCUCUGCACACUCCUCGACAACGAAAAAGCUGCGAAGAACUUCUGGGUUAUCAUUGCGCUUGCAUACGCGAAACAAAACCAGAUCGAUCAUGCCAUCGACAUCCUCAAUCGCGGUCUCUCGUCCCUCGCGCAGGGCGUGACGAAGGAGAAGCUCGGUCUCCUAGGAUGGAUAUGUUGGCUAUAUAUGCGAAAGAGCAGAGAGGCCCCCCGCGUCGCGCCGGAAGGCCAGCUGGUGUCCGAAGCGAAGACUAAAGAUUACUAUCUCCAGGCGGCUACGUCGACUCUAAACGAGGCGUCGCGAUUAAAUCCCGCAUACCCUUCCCUUUUCCUCGCACGGGGCGUUCUAUCGAUCUUGCGCGCUUCCUUACAACCCCCCGCCAAGGCUCUUAGACCUGGGAUGGUCGAUACUUCGGAACGGGUAGAGACCUUGCGCCAGGCCUUGAAAUGUUUCGAUGAGUCGGCGAAAUCCUUUGGUAACCGGAAUGGUAUGGCCAUUCUCGGGAGGGCGAGGGCACAGUAUAUGUUAGGUAGAUAUGCCGAGGCACUGGAGGGUUAUCAGGAGGGUUCUGAUAAAAAUGCCGAAUAUGAGAGAUCCUGGAUCCUCCGAUUGGAAUUGGGUGGCUGUCUCUGGCAACUAGACUUCAAGAGGCAAGCGAAAGCUGCUGGACUCGUGCUUUGGCUCUGCUCUCGGCACGCAACCAACGACCCGGCUUUCGGCUCUUUGUACAAAAUAGCCAUGACGCAGUACACGCAGAAAGCAUUCAAAGUGGACAAGGAAUAUCCCAUGACCUGUUCCAUGUUUGGCGGCUAUUUCUUACUCCGCAAACAUUUCCCAACUGUCGAAGCGCUAGCCCGCAAGGCGAUUGAACUCACUGAUGUUAACGCGAUUGCUAGUGAUGGAUGGUAUUUACUCGCGCGAAAGGAACACUUUGAAGGCAACUCUGCAAGAGCCAACGAGUAUUACACCCGGUCAGACCAGGCCCGAGGUGGUGGGGAUAGAGGAUACCUGCCGGCGAAAUUCGGCGCUGUGCAAAUGCAAGUGAGGACCGGUGACUAUGAUGGGGCCAAAUUUCGUCUGGAAAAGAUUAUCCAGCAGACGAAGAAUCCAGAGUCGAUGACCCUGCUUGGGGCUCUCUUUGCGGAGGAAGUGUUUGCAGCCCAGUCUAGCCCGCUCAAAGAGGACAAGUCCGCUGAAGUGAAGAAAGCCACGAGCCUCCUCGAGUCCGUGCGUGCGUCGUGGAAAGAUGAGAAGAAAAAACUUUCGCCUGAUGAGUCUGUUUUACUUUAUCUUGCACGACUGUACGAGAGUGGUUCGCCAGAGAAGAGCAUGCAGUGCCUGCAGCAUGUCGAGCAGAUGCAGCUGGCUCAGAUCCCGGAUACCGAGCGGCCCGAGGAUAUCCAUGAUGAGGAGACAACAACGAACCUCCUUCGGGAACAUUUGGCGCCUCAGCUGUUGAACAAUAUGGGCUGCUUCUUGUAUCAUUCUGAGAAGAUAGAACUUGCACGGAAUAUGUUCCAGACAGCCCUCAAUGCUUGCGUGAAAUCUCGUGACAGAGAUGAUUCGGCCGACACCGAUGCUUUCGUUACCACAAUCAGCUAUAAUCUCGCCAGAACUUAUGAGGCCGCGUCCAUGCCCGAGGAAGCCAAAAAGGUAUAUGAAGGACUUCUGGAGAGGCAUAGUGAUUACACCGAAGCCAAUGCCCGAUUGACAUAUAUCGCUCUCCGCCAAAGCCCAACAGACGAAGGACCCAAGAAAAUGGCCAAAUUAUAUGAACUAGAGUCUACAAAUCUUGAAGUCCGUGCUCUGUUUGGCUGGUACCUAAGCAAAUCGAAGAGAAGGGUAGCAAAUAUCGCCGAAGACCACGAACAACGUCACUACAAGCAUACACUUCAGGGAUAUGAUAAACAUGACAGGUACUCGCUUACGGGAAUGGGCAAUAUCUUCCUCCUUGCCGCUCGAGACAUGAGGCGCGAUACAGAGCAGGAUAGAGAGAAACGAAGAAAGAUGUACGAGAAGGCUGUGGAGUUCUUUGAUAAGGCGCUACAACUUGAUCCGAAGAAUGCUUAUGCGGCGCAGGGGAUUGCUAUUGCAUUGGUUGAUGAUAGAAAGGAUUACACGACUGCGGUACAGAUCUUCUCACGCAUUCGAGACACACUGCGCGACGCGAGCGUCUACCUUAAUCUUGGACAUGUGUAUGCUGAGCUUAGGCAAUUUUCUAAGUCCAUUGAGAACUACGAAGCCGCUCUCUCCAAGGAUAGACAACGCGAUACCCAAAUUCUAGCCUGUCUCGGCCGUGUCUGGCUCUUGAAAGGCAUGCAAGAAAUGAACCUGGCGGCUAUGAAUACCGCCCUGGACUGUACCCAACGCGCUCGCGCCAUUGCCCCCGAACAAAUCCACCUUGAAUUUAACGUCGCAUUCGUCCAAAACCAGAUCGCGCAACUGGUAGUCUCUCUCCCGGAAACCCAAAAGUCGCUCCAAGACGUCCAAAUCGCUUCCGACGGCCUUGAUGAAGCGAUCAACACCUUCAGCCAAAUUGCGAAAGCCAAGCAUCCACCUUACCCCCGCGGCUCUUUGGAGCAGCGCGCGAACAUGGGCAAAAAUACCAUCCGCAGAAAGCUGGAGCGGACGCUACAGAGCCAGGGGGAAUACGAGGAGAAGAACGCCACGAAGUUACAGCAGGCGCGGGAGGCGCGGGAGACUGAAUUGAGGAGGCGCGAAGAGGAGAAGCGGAAGGUGGAGGAGGCUGAGUUGGAACGGAAGAGACAGAUUGCUGAGGACCGGCAGCGGCUAAUUGAGGAAGCGCAGCGCCUUGCUGCGAUACGUGCAGAGGAAGAGCGGGCUAGGGAAGAAGCAGAGUAUACCACUGACUCCGAGACCGGGGAUAAGGUGAAAAGAAAGAAGAAGGCGGCGGCGGCGAGUAAGCGGAAGAAAAAGGAUGCUGGGGACGAUAGUGGUGCGGCAGGGAGGAAGUCUAAGGAUCGGAGUACGGGUCCAGAAAGUGAGCUGGAAUCUGAUGCAGAAGAUCACCCCGCGCCGCGGAAACGGAGACGGCUGGAGAGACGGUCCACUACUAAGUCUAGUAAGUAUAAAAGUAGUGAGAUUGUGGUUGAGUCUGAGAGUGAGGACGGCGAAGAAGGCGCAGGAUCUGGGACCAGGGAAGCGAAUGGGGCUAAUCGUGAUGCUGGUUCCCCCGUUUCGGAUCGUGACGAGGAUGACGAUAUGCGUGAUACUACUGCUGGAGGGGUCUCUGUGGAUGAGGAUAAGGAUGCUGAUGCUGUUGUGCGACGGCGGCGGACAAAGUUGAAUCUUCGCAUUGAGGAUGAUGAGGAUGAAGAAGGGGAGAGUGAAGUGGAGAGUGCAGGGAAGAAAGCUCGCCCUGCCUCGCCGGAUGCGGAGCCAAAUGACGAGGAUGAUCUUUUUGAGGAGAAAAGUGGUGACGAGGCCAUGGACCGUGCUGGUAGUGGGGAUAGAGAUACGGAGAUGAAGGAUCGCACGGAUGAAGAUGAAGAUGAAGAGUAA